AGGGAGUACUAUUGGAGCUCAUGUGCUAAAUCUUGUGCUAAAUCACUAAGACAUAUUAUCUUAUAAUAUUUUUAGGGAACCCCUUAGCAUAGUGUUGGACUUGCUCUUACGAACUAUCGAGCAGCUUAAUAGUAUCACCUCCAAAUGGUUCGCAAAAGUCUUCAACCUGCCAAAACAGGUCUAUCAGCAAUUAAGUCGUUCAAUGCCGAUAAGUACCUAAAAAAGAUAGGCCUAGGUAAGGAGGACCAUUAUUUCUGGGGGCAAGUAGGGAAGGCAUUGUUAUGCACAUAUGCAUUGUUUGGCGCUGCAUGGUUGUACAACGAAACAUCGCCCCUUGGUUGGUGGACACUUAAGCCGAAACCCAAGGAAGAGAAAGAGUUGGCCCAUCUGUAUGAACGUCGGGAAUUUCCAUAUCCGGGUGAUGCUGAGGCGAUGGAGGAGUUUAUUGCCAAGGGUGGGAUGAUCGGGACAACUAUUGGGCCGAAAGGGGCACUUGAAACAGAUAAGGACUCGGUUAAUUUUCAGAAGCAGUUGCAGGAUAAGAAGUUUGAGCACGAAGCUUUUAAGAUGUGGGUGAGGAUGAGGAGUGAAGUUGUUGCAGACCUUCAAAAUAAAGGGUAUGAAAUUGAGUGAUUGUUCUAUCAUUUCUGCAAUAUAAAAUGAUAAUGUUUGUUGUGUGAUACUCCCUCUGUCCCAUUUAAUUGUAUACGUUUCUUUUCAACUGCUCGACACGCAUUUCAAUGCUCUUAUAAAACAUAGUUCCGUAACUUAUUUUUGAGAUUUUUUUUUUCUGAAUAAAAAUAUAACAUCCAAACUUUAAUUCAGAAAAAGAAAAUUUUAAAAAUAAAUUACACAACUACACUUUACAGGAGCAUUAAAGUCCGUGCCACGUCCCCGUCCCCCAAUGUAUACUACUCAGGGGGACGGAGGGAGUAUAAUUUAUGUGUAGCUUGAUUAGUAGUUAAAAAUUCAAAUGGUCAUUGUUCUUAUGAAACAUGGUAUCAGCAAAUUGUUAUAUGCAUCGAACUGGCUUGAUUCUUAAUAAAUUCUUGUUCUUAAA